AUGUCAACAACACAAAGAAGUGAGGGUAUGAAUGCCUUCUUUGAUGGAUUUAUAGAUUCAAGCACCACACUACAUCAGUUUGUGGUUCAAUUUGACAAUGCACUUAGGGCUAAGGCACAAAAAGAAACACAAGCUGACUUCUCCUCCCUAUACACCACGAUUGGUUGUGGGUCCCAAUCACCGAUAGAAAGACAAUUUCAAUUAGAGUAUACACAUGAAAAGUUUGAGGAAGUCCAAACAGAAUUUCGAUGUCGGAUGAAUUGCUUUAUAAAAAACACUGUAAAAGACAACCUUAUGAAUACUUACACAAUAAAAGAGGAGCGAAUGUUUGAGGUAUUUGGUCAAGAAGAUGUUUGCAAUGUGCCAUCCAAAUACGUCCUUUGGCGUUGGAGUAAGAAUAUUCGUAGAAGACACAUCAUGAUUAGAGCAUCCUAUAAUACCUCUAAGCUUCAACCUACGGUGCAAAGAUACCAGGUUUUGUGUAAAAAUUUUUUUGAAAUAGCGGAGGUCGCUUGUGAGUCUGAACAUGUUUCUAAUCACUUGGAAAAAGAUCUUGAUGUACUUGGACAUAAAUAUGGAUGCAGUUCAUCCAUGGCUACUAAAAUCAUAACUGAUGGUGAUGAACUAAGAUAUGAAAAUCCUNUAAACACUCCAACACCUGAGACUGAGCGGGGAAAUGAUGAUGUUUUUGUGCGCAGUCCAUUAACAGUUAAGCGAAAAGGGANACCANGCACAAANAGGUUGAAGUCAACCGUCGAGAAAAGAACAACAAAAAGAAAACCAUCUUCAGCAAAGAAGUCAUCCACACCAUUGGAAUCUACAGUACCUGAUGUUGUACAAAGUGCUGAGGUCAUUCGAGUUGCAUCCCAAAGUUACCAAUUUUUAGACCAAUCCGCAAUGGCGCCAUCUGGAUUUAUGUCUUUGUUAUCUGGUGUGCAUAACACUUUUGAUAAUAACAAACUUUGA